UCCCACCCCCCAUUUCCACUCCUCCUCCUCCUCAUCCUCAUUUUUCCCGCUUCUCUCCCUCUACAUUGUGCAUUACCCUCUCUCUCAAACAUAAACUAUUUUGUAUUUUGUUUCUGUGUCUGCUCCAUUUUCACUGGCGACAAACACCACCAGCUCUCUUCAAUUGACCCAACAAGUCUCUCCGUUGACCCUUCCUCCUUCAUCGUUUCUCUCUCUAAAAACCCAUCUCCCUUGUCUCUCUCACAGUCAUUCACAGCAGCGCUGAGCAUGGAGUCUUCUUCUACGUUGGUUUUCUCCUUUGCCUCCGUAGCUCCAUACCUGCUUUCCCUUAUUGCCCUUCUGGUCUUCCUUGAGCAGAUCUCUUACUUGAAAAGGAAGCGCUUAAUCCCGGGCCCGCCUUUCGUAUUUCCAUUCAUCGGCAACGCCGUCUCUCUGAUCCGCAACCCUACCAAGUUCUGGGACAUCCAAUCAUCGCUCGCCAGGUCAUCUGAUUUAGGUAUCUCCGCCAACUACAUCGUCGGCAAGUUCAUCGUCUUCAUUCGCAGCACUGAUCUUUCCCAUAAGAUCUUCGCCAAUGUCCGCCCCGAUGCCUUUCACCUGGUGGGCCACCCGUUUGGCAAGAAGCUCUUCGGCGAGCAUAAUCUCAUUUACACGAUGGGCCAACAGCACAAGGAUAUCCGCCGUCGGAUCGCUCCCAACUUCACUCCCAGGGCCCUCGCCGCCUACACCUCCCUCCAGCAGGUUAUUAUCCUCAAGCACUUAAUGGCUUGGGAGGCUCUCGCUUCCAAGGCCUCGCCGACGCCGAUUUCUCUUAGGCUGCUCUGCCGCGAAAUGAAUCUGGACACUUCUCAGACUGUCUUCGUUGGGCCCUAUCUGAGUCAGGAAGCGAGAGAGAGGUUCAACCGCGACUACAAUCUCUUCAACGUUGGAUUGAUGAAGCUGCCGUUUGAUUUGCCUGGAUUCGCAUUCAGAGAAGCGAGGCUCGCCGUCGAUCGCCUGAUCAAAACACUGGCGGGUUGUACGGAUGAUAGCAAAGCGACGAUGGAGGCUGGAGAAGAGCCUCGAUGUUUGAUUGAUUUCUGGAUGCAAGAGACGCUUAGGGAGAUCGCUGCCGCCACAGAUUCCGGGGAGCCGUUGCCGCCGCACUCCGGCAAUGCGGAGAUCGGCGGCCAUCUCUUCGACUUUCUCUUUGCAGCUCAAGACGCUUCGACAUCGUCGUUGCUAUGGGCGGUGACGCUUCUAGAUUCGCAUCCCGAGGUUCUGGCCAAAGUGCGAGAGGAGGUUGCCGGAAUAUGGUCGCCAGAGUCAGACACAUUGAUCACGGCGGAGCAACUGAGGGAAAUGAAGUACACCGAAGCGGUGGCGAGAGAGGUGGUGAGAAUCCGCGCGCCGGCGACGAUGGUGCCGCACAUUGCCGGGGAGGACUUCCAGUUGACCGAAUCAUACACGAUACCAAAGGGGACCAUCGUGUUCCCAUCGGUGUUCGAGUCAUCGUUCCAGGGAUUUCCCGACCCGGAGAGGUUCGAGCCGGAGCGGUUCAUGGAGCACCGCCAAGAGGACCGUUUGUACAAGAAAAACUUUCUGGCAUUCGGAGCCGGGGCCCACCAGUGCGUGGGGCAGAGGUACGCCAUCAACCACCUGGUCUUAUUCAUCGCAAUGUUCACAUCGCUAGUCGAUUUCAAGAGGCACAGAACGGAUGGCUGCGAUGAUAUCGCCUACGUUCCCACCAUCUGCCCAAAGGACGAUUGCAAAGUUUACCUCUCCAGGAGGUGCGCACGCUAUCCCUCCUUCUCUUGAAAAACAAAUCGAAAGGACAAAAAUACCCUUCUGACCGUUUUUCAUAAAAACCCCGACAGCUGCUUGUUGUUUCAUCACGUUUCACGAGGGAAGUUAUGGUCACGGUCAUGGUCAAACAUUGUGUUCAAAUUUAAUUUUAUUGAUUUAUUUUUAAUUUUUCUGGGGUCCCAUUGGUGAGUGAGCGAGUGUGUACAAAUGUUGAUGGAGGGCUAGGAUUCUUUUUCAGAAGUGUGUUGGAUGCAUUUGAUGGCUGGACCGGAAUUCAAUCAGACUGAGAGCGUGUGAUCUUUAAUAAAAAGGAAAAGGUGUGCGGGGUGUGCGGGGCGUGCCCCCGAGUUCAUCCUCCGUAAUUGAUUUUGUUUCUAAAG